CACGUCAAUCGAGUUGGAAAGAAAUUUUUGGCAUUUUACCUCUAGCGAUGCUUGUCCGUUUGUUACGCCAAGUGAAUGGUUUUUAUUCCACUCUCAUACUAACCUUCGUUUUAUGAACUUAAAAUUAGUAUAAUAUAUAGAAAAUCAAAAUGAAAUUGUUAUAUUUGGCAUUCCUGGUGCUACCUGCGGCGUUACUGUGCUUUCAGAGUGCUAACACAAUAUUAGCGAGAGCAGAAGAAGAUGAGCUUGAUGACGUAGUAGAUAUAGAAGGUGAAGAUAAUCAGGUGGUAGGCGAUGAUGGUCUCGGAGAUGAUGAUGACUCAGUAGUUAAGUCCUCACAAGAUGUAGACACAACUAUUUUAUUCACCAAACCUGUGCCUAACUAUGGUGAUAAUGCUUUUGAUCUGCAAGCCGGCUUCCCAGUGGAAUUCCUUGUUGGUUUUGUGAACAAGGGUGUUGAGGAUUACAUUGUGGACUCAAUGGAGGCUUCCUUCAGAUACCCUAUGGACUACACUUACUACAUUCAGAACUUCACAGCCCUGCCGUACAACCGUGAAGUGAAGCCAAAACAAGAAGCCACAUUUGCAUACUCUUUUAUACCCAAUGAGGCCUUUGCUGGCAGACCUUUUGGUUUGAAUAUCCAGUUGAACUACAGGGAUGCGAGUGGAAACUUCUACCAGGAGGCAGUGUACAAUCAGACGGUGAACAUAGUGGAGGUGUCAGAAGGUCUGGACGGCGAGACAUUCUUCCUGUACGUGUUCCUGGGCGCGGCAGGCGUGCUGGCGUUAGUGCUCGGGCAGCAGGCGCUCUCGUCCCUCGCCCGGCGUCGCUCGCCAAGACCCGCGCCCCGUGUGCUGGAGACUGGCACUGCCCGCGACGUCGACUACGACUGGCUGCCUAAGGAAGUCGUCAACCAACUCAAAAAAUCUCCCAAAACGCCGAAACAGUCACCACGGGCGAGAAAAGCGAAGAGAUCUGCCGGGGAUGAUUAAUUGUGUGUUGCAGAGAAAAUCGCAGCAUCAAUCGCGAUGAGUGGCGAUUCAGAUGCGUGCGAUACGAUUAAAACAAUUAUAGACCUAAUAAUUACGGUUACAUGACAUAAACUCCGCUUAUCAAUGAUUAUUUACUACUUUUUUUUAAGUAUCGAUAUAUUUGCUUUAGAAUUUAGAGGUGUCAUCUUAGACACUUACUGGUUGUGUAAAUAGAUACUAGAAAAAAUUGUGUAUGCACAUAUUUCUUACAUUUUCAGCAAUAUUAUUCAGUGUAUUAAUAUCAAAAUAUGAAUUUCAAGGUCUAUUCUUGAUUUAAUUGAGCUGCUCUUGUAUAAUAGACUGUGUGGUUUGUAGUUGCUAAGUGUGUGAUGAGAGUAAAUUAUGGAACAAAUAACUAGUGUUGAGAACUUUGUACCAACAUGUGCGAAUACGAGAAGACAUUAUUUAAUAAAAUGUUACA